UUAUAUUAAAUGGCUAAUUCGCUAAUGCAGAGAUAUGGGCUUUCCGUGUUUAAGAUAAUAUGUAAGCAUAAACGGGAUAUACGUACACACUUCAGAUAUUUAUCAUAUAAUGGCAGGUGAUACCGAUAUCGCAUAGUUGUGAUUGGGACGCCACGGACGCGGCGCUUAGUUUUUUAAUAUAUUGUAUUCACUUUUUUAUAUUUACGUGUCAUAUAGUUUUAGCUGCAUAAUAUAUCGAUAAAUGAGCAAUAACAGUGUUAGUAGUGAUUUAAUUUGAUGUGAAAUAUAAAAAUGAAGCGCUCAGGAACUUAUAAAUUUGGUGAAGACUCCAGACCCAAACAAAACAAGACAGAUCUCUCAAAUGUGCAGUUUACAAAUGGAAAAGCAGAUUCGGAAAAGGAUGCACCUGACAUCGAAGUAAAAGAAGAUGUACCUAGCAUAUCGUUUUUCACAUUGUAUCGAUUCGCGACCACAAAAGACAAAGUCUUCAUAUUUCUGGCGAUAAUAUGUUCAAUGCUGGCCGGCACCACGACGCCCUUCAACACAUUGCUGUUCUCUUCCUUGCUCCAAAGCAUGGUGGACUACGGUAUUUCAGUAAUGAUGGGUGCCCCUGGUGACGACGCUUUUCUCAAAGCGAUCCGGGACUUUGCCAUAUACAACUGUUCUUUGGGCGUGGCACUUGUGAUCCUAUCCUAUGCUGCUACAGUUCUAAUGAACAUAGCCGCUUAUAAUCAGGUCUUCAAAAUGCGACAGGAAUACUUGAAAGCAGCAUUAAAUCAAGAUUUUGAAUAUUUCGAUACCCAUCAAACCGGGGAUUUCGCUUCUAAAAUGUCCGACGAUGUGGUAAAAGUGGAAGACGGUAUGGGAGAGAAAUUGGGCACAUUUAUAUUCUUUCAAUCGGCUUUCAUCAGUUGUAUAACUAUGGCUUUAAUAAAGGGUUGGAAACUAGCACUGCUGUGUUUGAUAUCUUUCCCAGUGACGCUGUUUCUCGUCGGACUUGCCGGAUUGAUAUCUUCUAAUUUAUCCAAGAAGGAAGCUAAAGCAUCAGGUAAAGCAGGAUCUAUAGCCGAAGAAGUGAUCAGUGCAGUCCGCACGGUUUACGCGUUUAGUGGACAGCAAAAAGAAAUAGAAAGAUAUCAAGGGCACUUGCAAGAUGUAAGAAGUAUAAAUAUUAAGAAAGGGUUAUUCAACGGCAUGGCAAUGGGAACACUGUUCUUCUGCAUUUUCUGCGCAUAUGCUCUAUCGUUCUGGUUCGGUUAUAAACUUCUUUCGGACCCUGAGGAGAACUAUGAUGUGGAAACUAUGAUUGCUGUAUUUUUCGGUGUCAUGAUGGGAUCAGCCAAUUUCGGUAUAUCGUCGACUCUGAUGGAAGUAUUCGGGAUAGCAAAAGGUGCCGGCGCGCAGAUCUUCUUUGUGAUCGACAAUGUGCCUUCGAUCAACCCACUGCUGAACCGCGGUGUCACCCCCAGUUCCAUUGAAGGCAACAUCGAGUUGAAGAACGUCUUCUUCCACUAUCCUUCAAGACCUGAUGUCCCAGUGCUGAAGGGGGUAGACCUCAGAGUAAAAAGAGGUCAGUCAGUGGCGCUCGUCGGGCACUCAGGCUGUGGCAAGUCUACCAUCAUCCAACUCUUAUCCAGAUACUAUGACGUCAUCGACGGAAGCGUGCGUGUUGACGGACAUGACGUACGAGAGUUGUCAGUGCGGUGGCUGCGUGCGCAGAUCGGGCUGGUGGGCCAAGAACCUGUGCUGUUCAACACGACCGUCCGCGAAAACAUCCGUUACGGCCGAGAGGACGCCUCCGACGCCGAUAUAGAGGCUGCCGCAAAGCAGGCCAACGCGCACCAGUUUAUUUUGAAGCUUCCCAAGGCCUACGACACGCUGGUCGGAGAACGCGGUGCUUCUAUGUCAGGUGGACAAAAGCAGCGUAUUGCCAUCGCCCGCGCCCUGGUGCGCAACCCUAGCAUCUUGCUGUUGGAUGAGGCCACCAGCGCUCUUGACACUUCGUCAGAAGCGAAAGUACAAAAGGCACUCGAUAAGGCCCAGGAAGGACGUACUACAAUUGUCGUAGCACACAGAUUGUCAACAAUACGGAACGCUGAUGUAAUAUAUGUGUUCAAGAGUGGAGUGGUCGUAGAGACAGGAAAUCAUGAUGAGCUAAUGAGAAGCAAAGGACACUAUUACGACAUGGUUAUGCUGCAAACAUUCCCAGGCGCUGAAGAAUCAGGUGAUAAGCGGCCAUCAUUAACUCGAGAGAUUUCUGUCAGAAGUGAAAAGGAUGAAGACGAUUUUAUUCCAAUGAAUACUGAGACUCCUGACGCUAAAGAUGAGGCCAAUGACAUUUCAUUCCUGCAAGUCCUCAAGCUAAACAAGCCAGAAUGGAAAUCCAUCACUGCUGCCAGUCUCUGUUCUCUGAUAAGCGGAUUUGCGAUGCCCAUGCUUGCUGUUAUUUUAGGAGAUUUCAUUGGUAUUCUAUCCCACCCAGAUCCAGAUGUAGUCCAGGCAGAAGUCCGGAGAUAUGCACUCAUUUUCGUAGGAAUUGGUGUCUUCUCGGGAAUUGCGAACUUUAUACAAGUAUUCUUGUACGGCGUAGCUGGUGAACACCUGACAGAGCGACUACGUCGUAUGCUGUUUGGAAAGCUGUUGCAGCAAGAGAUCGCGUUUUACGACGACAAGGACAACUCCACGGGCGCUCUCUGCGCUCGCCUGGCUGGCGAGGCAGCUUCAGUGCAAGGAGCCACGGGCCAAAGAAUUGGCACAGUCCUAUCGGCCAUUGGUACCUUUGGGUUCGCUCUAGUCCUUUCUCUUAUAUAUGAAUGGAGGGUUGGAUUGGUCGCGUUAACUUUCGUGCCAAUUAUGGUCGCAAUCUUAUAUAAGGAAGGAAGAAUGGUCAGUGCGCAAUCGUUUGGGGCAGCUAAAACCAUGGAAUCCAGUUCUAAGAUAGCUGUAGAAGCAGUUGCAAACGUCCGAACAGUGGCCUCACUUGGUAGAGAAGAACAAUUCGUUGCGGAAUACAGUGUCAAGCUAUUGCCUGGCUUAGCCCUCGCCAAGAAAGCUACACACUAUCGGGGCAUCGUCUUUGGUCUCUCCAGAGGACUGUUUAAUUUCGUUUACGCUGCGGCCAUGUAUUAUGGUGGAACUCUCAUUGUAUAUGACCAAGUUGGUUAUGAUGUUGUUUUGAAAUCGGCACAGGCGUUACUUAUGGGUGCGUCCUCGGCGGCACAAGCAUUUGCAUUUGCUCCCAACUUCCAAAAGGGAAUCAAAGCUGCUGGUCGUAUUAUUGUACUGCUGAACAGAGAAUCCAAAAUCAGGGAUCCAGAUCAACCCGCGGUUAAGGAUUUCAGAGGAACUGGUGAAUCCAGCUUACAAGGUGUGUUCUUCAAAUAUCCCACACGGCCUAUGAUAAGCGUCCUCAACGACUUAAACCUUGAAAUAGAGAAGGGCAAGACCGUCGCCCUGGUAGGCGCCAGUGGUUGCGGAAAGAGCACUGUCAUACAACUGCUCGAAAGAUACUACGAUCCUAAUGAAGGCCUAGUGGCUCAAGAUGGCGUGCCUCUAACAAAAAUUCGUCUCCAUGAAGCCAGAAGGACCAUCGGUUUUGUGCAGCAGGAGCCUAUUCUAUUCGACCGCACGAUUGGCGAGAACAUCGCUUACGGGGACAAUGCGCACAAACCGAGCCGAGACGAAAUCGAAGCCGCUGCUAAACAAGCCAAUAUUCAUAAUUUCAUUACAUCUCUACCAUUGGGUUACGAUACAAAUAUCGGCUCAAAAGGUACUCAGUUAUCUGGAGGACAGAAGCAAAGAGUGGCCAUCGCAAGAGCGUUGAUAAGGAAACCACAAAUGCUACUGCUCGAUGAAGCUACCAGCGCACUUGACACGGAGAGUGAAAAGGUAGUGCAAGAGGCCUUGGACUUGGCGAAGGCCGGGCGCACGUGCGUGAUGAUUGCGCACCGCCUGAGCACGGUGCGGGACGCCGACGCCAUAUGCGUCGUGCACGAGGGACGCGUCGCCGAGCGCGGCACGCACCAGGAGCUCAUGGACCUCAGGAAACUGUACUACAACCUCAACCGGCGUGGAUAUUCAUAG